AUGUACCAGCAAAGAUGUUUUUAUGACUUCAUCAGCACCUGGUUCUCACCCCCCCCUGACACCACACCCCGCCUCCUGCCCCCUGACACCACACCCCGCCUCCUGCCCCCUGACACCACACCCCGCCUCCUGCCCCCUGACACCACACCCCGCCUCCUGCCCCCUGACACCACACCCCGCCUCCUGCCCCCUGACACCACACCCCGCCUCCUGCCCCCUGACACCACACCCCGCCUCCUGCCCCCUGACACCGCACCCCGCCUCCUGCCCCCUGACACCACACCCCGCCUCCUGCCCCCUGACACCACACCCCGCCUCCUGCCCCCUGACACCACACCCCGCCUCCUGCCCCCUGACACCACACUCCGUCUCCUGCCCCCUGACACCACACCCCGCCUCCUGCCCCCUGACACCACACCCCGCCUCCUGCCCCCUGACACCGCACCCCGCCUCCUGCCCCCUGACACCGCACCCCGCCUCCUGCCCCCUGACACCACACCCCGCCUCCUGCCCCCUGACACCACACUCCGUCUCCUGCCCCCUGACACCACACCCCGCCUCCUGCCCCCUGACACCGCACCCCGCCUCCUGCCCCCUGACACCACACCCCGCCUCCUGCCCCCUGACACCACACUCCGUCUCCUGCCCCCUGACACCACACCCCGCCUCCUGCCCCCUGACACCGCACCCCGCCUCCUGCCCCCUGACACCACACCCCGCCUCCUGCCCCCUGACACCACACUCCGUCUCCUGCCCCCUGACACCACACCCCGCCUCCUGCCCCCUGACACCGCACCUCGCCUCCUGCCCCCUGACACCACACCCCGCCUCCUGCCCCCUGACACCACACCCCGCCUCCUGCCCCCUGACACCACACCCCGCCUCCUGCCCCCUGACACCACACCCCGCCUCCUGCCCCCUGACACCACACCCCGCCUCCUGCCCCCUGACACCACACCCCGCCUCCUGCCCCCUGACACCACACCCCGCCUCCUGCCCCCUGACACCACACCCCGCAUCCUGCCGCCUGACACCACACCCCGCCUCCUGCCCCCUGACACCACACCCCCUCCUCCUGCCCCCUGA